GGAAGGUGGGUGGGAAAUUCUGUCACACCCGCUGGUCCCCCAACUGGGAUCAACCAAGACUCUUUACAACAAUCAUCUCCUUUGCAACGGAGCUGGGAUCAGCAGGACUCAUCUGCCAUUUCAGGCUCUUAGCUGCAACCUGCCAGGUGGCCUUGCUGCUGAAGAGAUGGCAGGCUUCCCAGUCUCCCUGGACUCCUUUCGGCGGGUACCCCGGCCCAGCAGCCUCUUGUUCCACAUCCUCCUCCUCCUCCAGCCUGGGGAGCUGAACUCAGAGGAGUGCCAGGUGAUUGGCCCCGGGACAUCCGUCCUGGAACGUGUCGGGGAAGAGAUGGAGUUCCCCUGCCACCUGUCCUGUUACCAGAGCGCAGAGCACAUGGAGAUCCGCUGGUUCCGGAGCCAGGCCUCGGAGGUGGUGUACCUGUACCAGGAGCAACAGGAGGUCCUCGGGCAGCAGAUGGAGCAGUUCCGGAACAGGACCAAACUGGUCAAAGACAACAUCGCGGAAGGCUCUGUGACCCUGGAGCUCCACCGCGUGACCCCCGCCGACAAGGGCCCCUAUGGAUGCCGCUUCUUCUCCAGCAACUUCUCUGGGGAAGCUGUUUGGGAACUGGAGGUAGCAGGGAUGGGGUCAGACCCUCACAUCUCCCUUGAGGGCUUCAAGAAAGGAGGCAUUCAGAUGCGUUGCAGCUCCAGUGGCUGGUACCCCAAGCCCCAGGCUCAGUGGAGAGACCAUCGGGGACAGUGCCUGCCCCCUGAGUCCGAAGCCAUCACCCAGGACACCCAAGGCCUGUUCAGUCUGGAAACAUCGGUGAUUGUCCAAGAGGGAGCCCACAGCAAUGUGUCCUGCUCCAUCCAGAACCCCCUCCUCUUCCAGAAGAAAGAGCUCGUGGUACAAAUAGCAGACGCUUUUCUACCCGGACUCUCCCCGUGGAAGACAGCUUUCCUCGGGACUCUGGUGGGCGGCCUGACGCUGCUGCUAGCCCUGCUCACGACGCUGGCGCUGUGCUGCUUUCACAGGCGGCGGUCCCAAGUAAAGCUGAAGGAGCGGGCAGACAAGGACCAAGGGAAACUCACUGCACAACUGGGGAAACUGCAGGCGGAGCUUGACUGGAGAAGGGCUGAAGGCCAGGCCGAGUGGAGAGCAGCCCAACAAUAUGCAGUGGACGUGACCCUGGACCCAGCCUCAGCGCACCCCAGCCUGGAGGUCUCCCAGGAUGGCAAGAGCGUGCUCUCCCGCGGGGCGCUGCCAGUUCCGGCAGAGCCGGGAGGCCCGCAGCGGUUCACGGAGCAGACGUGCGUGCUGAGCCGGGAGCGCUUCCAGACCGGCCGCCACUACUGGGAGGUGGACGUGGGUCGGCGCAGCCGCUGGUUCCUGGGCGCCUGCCUGGAGGCGGUGGCGCGCGCGGGCCCCGGGCUCCUGAGCCCAGCCACUGGCUACUGGGUGAUGGGGCUGUGGAACGGCAGCGAGUACUUCAUCCUAGAGCCGCAGCGCGUGGCGCUCUCCCUGCGCGUGCCACCCCGGCGUGUGGGCAUCUUCCUGGACUGCGAGGCCGGAAAGCUGGCCUUCUUCAACGUGACAGAUGGCUCCCACAUCUUCACGUUCACCGACACCUUCUCGGGGCCUCUCUGUGCGUACUUCAGACCCAGAGCCCCAGACGGCAGCAAACACGCCGAUCCUCUCACUAUCUGCCCGUUGCCGGUUCAAGGGACACGCCUCCCGGAAGAGGAUGACGGUGACACCUGGGCACAGCCCUACGAGAACUCGGACCUCGCCCUGGACCUGUGGUGAGGUGCUCUCGUGGCCGCAGGGCUGGGUUCUGGGCUGCUUCCUCUGGGGUGGAGGAGGCAUCGCCAAAAUGCCAGCAAAGGCGACGGAUUCUGCACAGCAGAAGGGGACAGAGAAGAUUUAGCCUGUGUAGAUGUGAAUGCGUGUCUUUGUAAUUUUCUUUUAAGAAAAAGAGGCAAUUCCAAAGCUCGUCUGUGUGUAUGAUAGGACUGAACAAAUGAAUAAGAAGAUACUGAUGUUGCCGGGACCCAGGGUGCUCACUGUGGAAGAGGACAGGACACUGGGAGGGGAAACAAGAGGGAGACAUGAUUGGAUUAAAGGUAUCGGUUAAUUUGCAUAUUUGUAUGGUUUUGUAUAUAUUUUCCAGUUCAUGAGGAAAUGAAUUCACCUUGGGCUCCUAUCCCAGGUUUCAAUGUCAAUUCCCACUACCAUGAACUUGGGGAACAGCUGAUUCCAGGGCUGGGAGUGAGAAAGUCCAAACCUGCUCAAAAACUGAUGGGAACACAGCAAGAACCCAUAGAAGCAAGGUUGAAGAGGCUCCACUGACCGGUUGUGGGAUAAUUAAAGAGAAUAAUGACAGGACUUGAUCAACGAGGGAGAGAGCAAAUAAAUUUCACAGAGUGUGCUGAAAAGUUUCUCAGAGAAAGAAAAUGCAAAAAAUACAGGAAAAAUACAAGAAGGGGAAAGAAGAGAGUGAAAGAAUGACUCUGAACUCAUGGUUUUGACUCCGUAGAGCUAGACGGAACACAUGCAUGUGGUCAGUGGGUGCAUGGAUGUGUGUGAGCUCACACACUGCUCCUGGCUCUGCUUUGAGGGCUUAGCAACAAUAACACCCCAGCACAUCUAGCUUUCAGAACCUGUUUUUUGUGAUAUUUUCCACUAAAAGAAACCAAGGCUCCUUGGAGAAAUGAUAGACUCUGGAUCUGGGGUGG